AGACGUUUCCCCCUUUCUCUCCCCCCAAAUCCCUAUCCCUUGAAAUCUAGCCCACACUUUUUCAAUAAACCCCCUCAACAUUGGUAAAAUUAUAGCAGAUAGCUCCUAGAGGAGGAGCCAUGGCCGCCACCGUCGUGCUUGGGAAUCUAAACCUUGCUCUACUCAUCGACGCUACUGCCCCGAGGAACGCCGUCGGGGAACGAGGAAGGAGCUGGUCGCCGGAAAUGGUGAUUAGUUGGGCUAAGAGAGAGCUGGCUACGUCGCCUGUGGCUUGCCAUGGUAGGAGUUUCCAAGAUUACGACGUUGCCGGAGGGGAGGCGCCGCGGAUGGUUAACCAUCGGAGGAGAGGAGUCAAUUCCUCCUCCAAAGUCGGGGCUGUGGGAUCGGAUGGCGGCAACGGAGGUGGGGAUGAGGAUGAUUUGGAGAUGAAGCUGAGGAGCCGGCUGAAGGAUUUGGAGGAGAUGAAGGAGCUCGAAAGGAGAGCUGAGGAAUUGCAGCGCAGCGUUUCCGGUGAGGGUUCUGAGGAGGAUGGGGAUGGGCCGGAGUCCGAGGAGGAGAAGCGCGAGAGGGUUAAAAGAGAGCUCGAAAAGCUGGCCAAGGAGCAGGCUGAACGGAGGGAGACAGCUGAAUUGAUGUUUGAGCUGGGGCAGAAAGCAUAUGGGAAGGGUAUGUAUGCGCGGGCAAUUGAGUUUUUGGAAGCUGCAUUGACCAUAAUCCCAAGACCCACGGCUUUUGGUGGCGAGAUUCAAAUAUGGCUUGCUAUGGCAUAUGAAGCCAACAAUCGUCACCGAGAUUGCAUUGCUCUAUAUCAGCAGUUGGAGAAAAAACAUCCAAGUAUCAGCAUUAGACGCCAGGCUGCUGAACUUCGAUAUAUCCUUGAAGCUCCAAAGCUGAAAAUAUCCAAGGAUGAAAUGGUCACCAUACCUUUGAUUGGCUCUAGUUAUGACUGGUAUGCCGGUUCAUGGAGUGACAAGUACAAGAAUCGGGGCCAGAGAAGAAAGGUGACAACAACCGACGAACUUCCUUCAUCAAGGGACCUCCUCGGUGACUUCUUGGUCUGGCGCCCGCCAACCGGCUGGGAAAAAAACCGUGCCUUCUGGAUUACCCUUACAUUGUGGCUGGGCUUACUUGGAACUGCCCUUCUCUUGCAGCAGUGAGCCUUCAUGGUUGAUGCUAACCUGUGAAUGGAGCACCACUUUUAUGUGUAGUAUUUCCAGUUCAAGCAUGUAUAUGUCAUAGUUAAUUCUGUAUAUUUUUAUAAAAUUUUAGUCUCUUCCAAAAGCAAGCCAUGUAAUAAUGUAAAUUUCUUAUCUGAAGCAUACUGGUGAAUUUCUUUGCCAAACAAAUACAUGGUUCUUGUCUGUUCAGAAA